AUGGGCCCCUGUACCGCCUCCUCAUGCUGCUGCCAGGCCCGUAAUCUGCCAUGGGCCCCCGUACCAACUCCUCAUGCUGCUGCCAGGCCCGUAAUCUGUCAUGGGCCCCUGUACCACCUCCUCAUGCUGCUGCCAGAUCCAGAGUGUGUCAUGGGUCCCUGUACGGCCUCCCAUUGCUGCUGUCUCCAUCGCCACACUCUGCCAUGUGCCACUUUCAGGUCUCCUCACACUGCUGGUGGGUUCCAUUUUUUCAUAGGGUGCUGUAUGGCCUCCCAUUGCUGCUGCCUCCACCGCCACACUGUGGCUCCACACUCUGGUUUUGGCCCCGUGACUGCCCAAAUGAGUGAAGUGUGCGGUGAUUCUAAGAUCGACGGCACUCAUCUGCAUGUCAUACUGACUGACAGUAUUAUUUCUCUUCCCCAGCAGACUCCAAGGGCAUUUAAAUUAAAGGUACAGUGUUCUGCACUAAUAUAA